UGCUUUGUACAUUUAUCUUGUGUGGGGAUACUCUUGCGUCGAUUUACUGAACGUGGGCAUGAGACAGUCUGGAGUAUACUACCUUCAAAUCAGGGGGACCACCUACUGGUUUUUGAAGGUCUUUUGCGAACAAGACGUUGCCGACGGCGGUUGGACGCUUAUACAAAGAAGAGACGACUUCGGCGAGCCCAGGGAAAAUUUCAAUCGUGACUGGAACGACUAUAAGAACGGUUUCGGCGAUCCCGCCAAAGAGUUCUGGCUCGGAAACGAAAACAUAUACAUGCUCACUAACAACGAGGAGUACAUUCUACGGGUCGAAUUGGAAGAUUUUGAAGGCAACAAAAGGUACGCCCAAUAUUCCCAUUUCAAAAUUCACUCUGAAGCGGAAUACUACAAAUUGGAAUUGGAUGGAUAUGAAGGAAAUGCUGGCGAUUCCCUUAACGAUCCUUGGUACGGCAGCAAUCACAGUCCGUUUUCGACGUACAAUCGAGAUAAUGACAGGUCAAGUUUGAACUGUGCUUCAAUGUUAAAGGGCGGUUGGUGGUGGAAGUCGUGUGGACGAGGGCUUAAUGGGUUGUACUUGCACGACCCGCAAGACCUAACGGCCAGACAAGGUAUUGUCUGGUUCCGUUGGAGAGGAUGGGAUUACACGCUCAAGAAGUCGAUAAUGAUGAUAAAGCCUAAAGGACUCGUGACGACGCCGUAAACCAAUUUCGAAAAUGGCCAAGCCAAUUUAUAAUCAUGAGUGAUUCAUCGUGCACAUUUGUAUAAAAUUCAUUCUCCUUCACUAUUCUGAUCACCCCUCAUACAAAUUGCGUUACCUCAGCAAAAUGUUUUUAACUUUUAUAAAGUAUUAAAAUAUAGUUUAAGAAUUUUAGUGUAAGCCUCGAUAGGGACGUGUAACAAUAAGCCAAUAUGAAAAUCGACACUAACCUAAUGUCAUUUUUUGAAACGCACAACUCAUUCGUUUGAAAUUUCUAGUUCUCGCUUUUGAUUAUAAAUUAAGCUUUUUUUAAAAAGAAGUGACUGCAGUGUAAGUAAAGGUGUAAGACUGUGUUCCCUUAUUUGUUUCCAUCGAUAAGGUGAACUCCAAUAAUAUUUUGAGGCUAUGGGACAGAAUAUGCAAUCAAAAUACUUGUUCUUUUUAAGAACUGACUACGCAACAACAAAAAAUAUUUUUUCGUAUUAGGUAUGUUUGUAUAUA